UUCACUCUCACACUAGCGACGCCCUUCUUUCUCUCUCCAAAACCCAUUUUGUACUUUUUUUUUUUUUUUUUUGAAACACAUCCGAUCGGGAAUUUUGCGUCGUCGAAGAACAUGAAUUCGUUGGAAUCGGUGAAGUUAUUGUUGGCGGCUACCGGCGGCGACGCCGUGAAACUGUUCGACAUUUCGGGGGAGCCUCAAAACCCUUGCGUUCUCACUCACUCUCCGUCUCCGGGGAGUCGGGUGAAUUCGGUCAAGUGGAAUCACAACAAUUUGGUGUUGGCAAGUGCCGGCGACGACGGUGAAAUAUCGCUGUGGAGGAAAAACGGGCAAAGUUUGUGGACAGUUCCUGCCAAGACAGCUAGGGCCGAAACUAGCGAGCCUUCAGAGUCAAUAUCGACAAUCAGCUUUAGCAACAAGGGGUCUCGAUAUCUGUGCUCUGGCGGAAGUGGUCAGAUUGUGAAGAUAUGGGAUUUACAGAACAAGCGUUGUGUAAAAUGGUUGAAAGGUCACACUGAUACUAUAACAGGUGUAAUGUACAAUUGCAAAGAUGAGCACAUAGCUUCUGUUAGUCGUAAGGGAGAUAUCAUACUUCAUAAUCUUGCUUCUGGGACUAGGGCUGCUGAACUCCGGGAUCCAAAUGGACAGGUUUUAGGGGCACUUGAUUAUUCUCGGAUGAGUAGGCACCUGUUGGUUACAGCUGGGGAUGAUGGGUCUAUUCACCUGUGGGAUACAACUGUUCGCAGCCCGAAGGUUUCAUGGCUGAAGCAGCAUUCUGCACCUACGUCUGGAGUGAGUUUUUCACCAACCAAUGACAAGAUGAUUGCUAGUGUUGGUCUGGACAUGAAGCUGUACACUUUUGACACAGGGUCAAAGAAGCCCUCUUCUUGCAUACCUUAUGAAGCUCCUUUCUCUUCAUUGGCUUUUACCGAUGAUGGAUUAACCUUGGCAGCUGGCACAAGCAAUGGUCAGGUUGUAUUCUAUGAUGUGCGUGGGAAGCCACAGCCAAUCACCGUUCUUCGUGCAUAUGGGAAAUCAGAGGCUGUCACAAAUCUAUGCUGGCAAAGGUCAAAACCUGUAAUGGUCAAUGAAAACAGUUGCAUGGAUGAGAAUGUUCUUCUGGCUGGUGAUGUGGGGGACUCAAUCCUUAUGCCUGAUCCGCUCCCAUCUAGGUCAUCAUCAUCAGGCCUUUCAAUGCCAACGGCUGUUUCUGGGUCUCGAAAUACUCUUCGUUCGUCUUAUUCAGGAGAUCUGUUUUCUUCUUCAGUAAGUAGUACUGCUUCCUUAUCCAGUACCCUCAAUUUCUCUACAUCAGAGGAAACACCUCUUAGAAGUAGUUUGUUGACCGGUAGACCUCUAAGAUUGCAUGCAUCAUCUCGAACUUUCAAAGAUGAAAUGGAGGUCUUUUCUCCUCUUGUGGAAGUCCAACCCAUGACAGCCUCAAUCGAUAAAUUUUGGGAAAAGGAUGAUGGUUCGAAGAAGGAACUGGAUAGGAAACCUUCAUUUCUGCUUAAUUCUCGAAGAUUUGGCUUUUCUGAUAAAGGGGCCAAUGAUAGCCUUCCAAUUUCUGACUGGAAAUCCGGCUCAGCUGCGAAACAGGAUGACACGCACUCUACUUUGUCGCCGCUGACAUCCAACCUCGCGCCAUCUGCACGAACCGACGACCCUUCUUCCAUCACUCCGCCGGAAUCUUGGGGGGGCGAGAGAUUUUCCGAUAAAUACAUGCCGCCACAUCAGUCCAUCAACAUGCCUUCCCGCUUUGCCAAAUUCGCAUCCAGUACGUCGUCAGGAUUAAUGUCGUCCGGAUUACAAGAAAGCCUCACUGCAAACCAGACCACCACUGGCUUGUCGUCGGGCUCGAGUCUCAUCGCAAUCAGCAAAGAAACCUCCAGCCAAGAUACUUCAUUAGCAUCUUCGGACGCUGUUUUGACUCCUUUAGGUAUAAAAAGCAAUCUCGAUACCCUCGGUGCAGCUCUUCCUAGAAGAUUUUACAGUUACGCAGAGAGAAUAGGCACCACGCAAGCCUUGAGCGACAUAACAUCCCUCGCAAUCGGUUCCUCGCCAAAAUCGAAGAAAACCGGAGCCGAAACCAGGGAAGAACUUCUUAGUAGCUUGCUGUCUAGGUCUGAGAAUCAAUCCGUCGCAGGAAUCAGCGCUGCUGCCACUAAUAAUGGAAGAGCUGCACAGUUGGAGAAAACUUCGUCGCAGUCUGACCCGCAGCAGGGAUCUUCUUUUACUCUUCAGCUCUUUCAGCGAUCGCUCGAAGAAACUCUCGGGUCCUUCCAGAAAUCCAUCCACGAAGAUAUGCGCAAUCUCCACAUCGAAAUACUUAGGCAAUUCCAUCUGCAGGAGAUGGAGACGUCGAGUGUCAUGAAACAGAUCUUGGAAAAUCAGGCGGAGAUUAUGAAGGAGCUCCGAUCUCUUCGAAAGGAAACUCAGCAGAUCCGACAGCUACUGUGAGUAUAAGUUGCCGUCGUCGUGGAUGUUACUUAUUUUUGUUUCAACUGUUUGUACAUUUUGAUCUGUUUGAUGACAGCAUUAUUAUUGUAGUUAUUGUCCAUGGAAUUUUUCCAUGGUUGACACAGAAAUUUGCACCAAAGAGUUUCACUUUGUGAUGUGAUGAUUCUUUUCUAUGAGCUUUUUAAUCUUUGAUA